GUCGGUAAGUCACUAGAUGCGUCGAACCCUCGGACGUUUUUGAAGCAUCAAGUCAAACAUUUUGUUAUUAGAAAUACCGUUUUAUCAAUUAUUGUUCUGUAGUUAUCGAAAAUUUUGAGUGGUAAAGGGAGUUGAACAUGGCGACACUCGAGGAUAAAUCUAUCUGGGAGAAUAGUGAGGAAACCCUCGGCGAAGACGUUCUCCGGAUGUCCACAGACGAGAUAGUCUCUCGCACUCGUCUCCUGGACAACGAGAUAAAAAUAAUGAAGAGCGAGGUGAUGCGAAUAUCGCACGAGCUCCAGGCCCAGAACGAGAAGAUAAAAGAGAACACCGAGAAGAUAAAAGUCAACAAGACCCUGCCGUACCUGGUGUCGAACGUGAUCGAGCUGCUGGACGUCGACCCGCAGGACAUGGGCGAGGAGGACGGCGCAGUGGUGGACCUGGACUCGCAGAGAAAGGGGAAAUGUGCAGUAAUAAAGACCUCGACACGUCAAACGUACUUCCUCCCAGCGAUUGGCCUGGUCGACGCUGACUCCCUGAAGCCUGGGGACUUGGUUGGCGUCAACAAGGACAGCUACUUGGUCCUGGAGACCCUUCCAGCCGAGUACGACGCCAGAGUGAAGGCUAUGGAGGUAGACGAGAGGCCGACCGAGCAGUACUCAGACAUUGGAGGUUUAGACAAGCAGAUUCAAGAGCUGAUUGAGGCUGUCGUCCUCCCCAUGACCCACAAGGAGAAGUUCGAGAACCUGGGGAUUCAGCCCCCCAAGGGAGUCCUCCUGUAUGGACCCCCUGGCACUGGCAAGACCCUUCUGGCUAGGGCCUGCGCUGCCCAGACCAAAUCGACUUUCCUGAAAUUAGCUGGACCCCAACUGGUCCAGAUGUUCAUUGGAGACGGAGCUAAACUCGUUCGCGAUGCUUUCUCACUCGCCAAGGAGAAGGCACCUGCCAUCAUCUUCAUCGACGAACUCGACGCCAUUGGCACCAAGAGAUUCGACUCGGAGAAGGCUGGGGAUCGAGAGGUACAACGCACAAUGUUGGAGUUGUUGAAUCAACUCGAUGGGUUCAGCUCCACUGCUGACAUCAAGGUCAUUGCUGCCACCAACAGGGUUGACAUUCUGGACCCUGCGUUGCUGAGGUCUGGACGUCUCGACAGGAAGAUUGAAUUUCCACAUCCUAAUGAGGAGGCCAGGGCCAGGAUCAUGCAGAUCCACUCGAGGAAGAUGAAUAUGUCGCCUGAUGUUAAUUUCGAGGAACUCUCGAGGUCCACUGACGAUUUCAAUGGGGCACAGUGUAAAGCUGUUUGCGUUGAGGCUGGUAUGAUUGCUCUGAGACGUAAUGCAACAGCUGUUACUCACGAAGACUUGAUGGAAGCCAUCAACGAGGUGCAAGCCAAGAAGAAAGCAAAUCUCAAUUAUUAUGCUUAAAGUUGUUUUUUCAAUGUAAUUUAUUAGGUUUUCAUACGAAUUAUUCAACUGUAAUCCCAACUCAUAUACAUUCUUCAGAAAAAUGAAUAAACAUUCACUUUAUUUGGAAAUUA